GUGACUGAGAUGACAGAUGCUCUCACUGAUAAAAACCUCUGCUGAAGAUGAAGACUGAAGUGACUCGACAACUGCGCAACAUUUCAGUUUAUGUAAAGUUUUGCAAUACAGGUUUAACAGAAAGGAGGAGUCUGAUGUCUACAUAUAUAAUUUUUCUUCACUGAAGAACACAAGACUCAACACAAACGAGAUCUACUGAGAAGAUGGCAAUGACGGUGUUCGUCGUGGCUCUGCUUUCUGUUUUCACGGCGUCUGUUGUCUCUGGAUUCAAGCCGUUCGACUGUUCUGAAAUCUACAAAUCAGGACAAACAGUCAGUGGGAUUUACUCCAUCUAUCCAGCCGGCGACACUCCUGUCUGGGUUUACUGUCAGAUGGUUUCAGAUGGGAAAGUUGAAGAGAACGAAGGAUGGACGGUGUUUCAGAGGAGAAUGGACGGCAGUAUUCAUUUCUUCCAGCUGUGGGAGAAGUACAGGAUAGGAUUCGGUACCACAGAGGGUGAAUACUGGCUAGGGCUGGAGAACCUCUAUCAGCUGACACGCCACAAGAAGUUCAUGCUGAGAGUGGAUCUGGAGGACUUUACUGGAAGGAGAGGUUUCGCUCAGUACUCGUCCUUCUCUGUGGGUUCUGAAGUUGAAGGGUAUAAACUGGAGCUUUCUGGGUUUACUGAUGGAGGAGCAGGCGACUCUCUGUCCUACCACAAUGGAAUGAAGUUCAGUACUUAUGACAGGGACCAAGACACCAAUGAAGAUAACUGUGCCAGAAUGCGCCUUGGGGCAUUUUGGUAUAAAGGGUGUAACUAUGCAAACCCCAAUGGUGUUUAUUUAUGGGGAGAAGACAAGAGCAAAAAUGGCAUUGCAAUUAAUUGGUACACCUGGAAGAACGAUAAUGAAACUCCCAUGAAAUUCAUCACCAUGAAGAUCAAACCUGUGUCCUAAAACAUUUGAAGAAACAAACAUUAAAACAAUGAAAUGAAGGCUCAAUUGGUUAAUUUCGUCUGUCCUCUGAGUCUAUAUUAAGCAUCUUUUAUUUUGUGUUGGGUUUCUUAUGAAGUUUCAACUGAAACAAUUAAACAAUCUUCAAUAAACUCCUGCAAUGAAAGGC